GCGACAUAGCCGACACGAAGCCGUACACGGCAAGCGCGGUCUCGUUCGCGCCCAUCGCCAACGGCACCUUCGCCAACGGCACGCACGUGUCGGCGACAUUCGUGUGCAUGGGCUGCGUGACCAGCGACUCGUUUACCGCGGCAGCCGCUGGCAGGCCGGCGCCGUUCGGCUACGCCUACUCGCUCGUCGCCGUCAGCAGCCCUGCUAGCAAGAACAGCGCCCUGUCGGACCACACGACGCAGGGCGAGCCGUACGGCGGGUUCUCGUUGGCGCUGGCGGAUGCGCGCACGGCCGACUAUAAGCGGUUCGCUACGCUAGCGGCAACUGCGAGCGGGGAAGGUGGUGGUGGUAGUGGUGGUAAUAGUAGUAACAGCACGCAGCCGACAGCCGGGGGGUCGAAUUCGACGGGGCUUGCUUCGAACGCUACCGGCAGCGGUGGCAGCGGUGCUGGGUCGCCUGCUACGCCACCUAAUGGUGAUGGUGAUGAUGAUGGUGCUGAUGCCGGUGCUGCUGACAGCGAUGACAUCGUUGUCCAUAGGACGGAGGACCGGCUCGACUACAACAAGAUGCCUGUUGGGGAGGUGGCGGCGCUGGGCGUUGUCUGUGCCUUGUACGUGUUACACGCGUUUUGGGUUUUCUGAUCGGCGCGAGGUGGGCCAUGGUUCUUCAGCCGGCCUGGCGUUGCCUGGAGUAUACUGCGCUGGCGAUGACUUCAGCAAUCUCUUCAACAAACAUUAGCAUACACACCCAUCCAUUUGAGUGUACAAACCCCUCAGCAUGUCCGGUGGCGUUUGGAUCUGCCACAAAGAAUUUUGUUAGGAAGUGGUAAUUAGAUGCGAGCCAUGGCGUUCCUCGACUUCUACCGUCUCCUCGGGCAGACUAUUCGUCUAUAUUUUCAACUAGCUAGCUAGUAUUCUUUCUUCAACAAACAACCUGUCCUUGUUUCUGACUUACGCGUCAGUUCAUAGUCUCUAGAGUGUAUACAAAC